AGGGUCGCGUAUUAUAUAAUUGGGGUAGGGGGUGUUACGUAACAGGCUGCAUCCGAGACGAAGAAGAAGAGGAGGAAGACGAAAACGGCGUCGUACUCUGUCCUUCGCCUUCUUGACGCCGAUUGUUCACGAGGUUUGGACGUGCGUAAACGAACCACAAUGGCUGAACCAGAGGCAGAGCCUGAGCUUCUCGAUUACGAGGAGGAAGAAGAGGCACCAGCAGAGGGAGCUGCAGCUGCUGAUGAGGCAGCCGGGGCCGCCCCAGCCAAGAAAGAUGUGAAGGGUACUUACGUAUCCAUCCACUCCUCUGGUUUCAGAGAUUUCCUUCUCAAGCCAGAAAUCUUGAGGGCCAUUGUGGACUGUGGCUUUGAGCAUCCUUCAGAAGUUCAGCAUGAAUGCAUCCCCCAAGCAGUUCUUGGCAUGGAUAUUCUCUGCCAAGCCAAGUCUGGUAUGGGAAAAACCGCAGUUUUCGUUCUUGCAACUCUGCAGCAGAUAGAUCCUGUUGAUGGACAGGUUUCAGUGCUGGUUAUGUGUCACACAAGAGAACUUGCAUAUCAAAUUGCAAAAGAAUACGAACGUUUCACGAAGUACAUGCCCAAUGUCAAGGUGGGAGUUUUCUUUGGAGGUAUGAAUGUCAGUAAGGAUGAAGAGACACUGAAGAGUAACUGCCCACACAUUGUUGUAGGAACACCUGGUCGACUCUUGGCUCUCAUUCGUGGCAAGAAACUUAACCUUAAGAACUUGAAGCAUUUUGUUCUGGAUGAAUGUGACAAAAUGCUGGUUCAGUUGGAUAUGAGACGUGAUGUUCAGGAGAUCUUCCGUAAUACACCCCAUGAAAAGCAGGUCAUGAUGUUCAGUGCAACCUUGAGCAAAGAAAUUCGCCCAGUAUGCAAGAAGUUCAUGCAAGAUCCCAUGGAGGUGUAUGUUGAUGAUGAAGCAAAGUUGACCCUUCAUGGUCUGCAGCAGCAUUAUGUGAAGAUCAAAGAAAAUGAAAAGAACAGGAAGUUAUUCGAAUUGCUGGAUGCUCUAGAGUUUAAUCAGGUUGUGAUCUUUGUAAAAAGUGUUCAGCGUUGUAUGGCUCUAGCACAGCUGCUAGUAGAACAGAACUUCCCUGCAGUUGCUAUCCACAGAGCCAUGGGGCAAGAAGAAAGGUUGAGUCGUUACCAACAGUUCAAAGAUUUCCAAAAACGUAUUCUAGUAGCUACCAACCUCUUCGGUCGUGGUAUGGAUAUUGAACGUGUGAACAUAGUCUUCAACUAUGAUAUGCCAGAGGAUAGUGACACCUACCUUCACAGAGUUGCCAGAGCAGGAAGAUUUGGUACCAAGGGGUUGGCUAUAACAUUCGUCAGUGAAGAAGCUGAUGCCAAAGUUCUGAAUGACGUACAGGAGAGGUUCGAUGUGAACAUUACUGAAUUACCUGAAGAAAUUGAUUUGUCUACGUACAUUGAAGGUCGUUAGGUACAAUGGUACCUGUAAAUGGAGAAUUGUGUACUUGUCUCUGUGUCCAGCCUCUAAGUGUACACAUCACUUCUCCUAGCUACCUCACCCUUAGUGGAAGCUGUAGAAGAACACAAUGUCAACUGAUUAAAUAUUUUUUUCUCGAUGCAAUAAGGAAUGUAAAGAUCUCGGCGAAUUUUGUGAAUUUGUUUUAUAUCUUAAAAUUGAAAAGGUUUAUUAGAUCUUUGUGCACUGAAUAUUUUGUUGUUUGGAGGUACUUUUAUAUUUUAAUGACCUAGUGAAUGUAAAAGCUUUUUUAUUAAAUCAUUCAUUUUUAUACUGUACUCUGUACUUAUACUUUAGUUUAUGACACUUUCAUUUGGAAAGUAAAUUUUUUACAGAAUAAAAAAAUAUAAAAUUA